AUGACUUUUAUUGUUCUAGAUGAAUCCAAGGAUGUCCUUCUUGAGGUCUACGCCCCAUGGUUCGGUCACUGGCAAUCUCUGGAGACCGAGUACAACAAGCUGGGAGAAGCUUUGAAGAACAUCAGCUCCAUUGUGAUUGCGAAGAUGCAUGGCACCAAGAAUGAGCACGAGCGCCUCAAGAUUGAGGGAUAUCCUACCAUUUUAUUCUUCCUAGCAGGAGACAAGAGCGCUGAGCCAAUUUCACUUGACACGGAGAGGACAGCAGCGAGCUUCAUCAAGUUCAUGAAGCAACAUGCUACACAUCCAUUUGAAGCGCCGAUGUCCUCGAGCCCGAGCCCGAAUCUGACGACUACUCUGAGGAAGUCGACGAAGAAUCUGAAGGUGAAGACGGCGAUGAUGAAGGUGGAGAAGACGAAGGUGAAUCUGAUGAAGAAGGUGAGGAAGAGGGGAAGGAAGAGGCUAACGAGCACGAAGCAACUCCCGCUGAAGAUCUUGAGGACAUCAAGGAUGAACUUUAGAAUUGCCACUCAAAGAUACAUGCAUUAGCAUUAGUCAAAUCUUGAGUAGCGUUAGCUUAGAACGCACAUUUAGAGAGUCCCAUACUUGUCACUGCUUCUAGCUGUCAAAUAGAUUUUUCUUGGGUGCUGGGUUUGCCACGCUCAAGUGUGGUUUAUUAAGCCUUAGAAAACAGGCUACCAGGACCACCAUGUCAUUUGUAUCCUACCUCCAAACUACCCACUCCUGGACAAAUGUCCUCAAUUUUUAACCUUAUGGAGUUAAUCAAUUUAAAUUCUUACAGAAUGUGAUCCUCUUUGCAUUG